CGUUCCUCUUUCUAGCCUUCUCUCUAUAAAAGUCCGUCCGCGGGUUAAACUGAAAAAUAAAUAAAUGCGUCCGCACGACGGACUAUCUACGAAGUAGCCGACUCAACUAUUUAAGACGCCACCGGUCUGUCUCGUUUGCGGCUUCAGAUCAGCAGUCGCACUCUACAUUCCCCGUCAUCGUUCAAUUUCCCAUCCCCAGUUCCUCACCAUAGUCAAAGCAGAAGAAAGUCUUGCAAGAUGUCUUUGAAAGAAAUGACUCGAGUCUCGGUUAUGGCUCGUAGAAAUCCCGCGAUGUCGUUGGAGGAGUUUCAGAAAUACUUGAAAGAGAGUCAUGGGCCGCUCGUUGCGCCGUGGUUGAAACGGUACGGAGUUGUGAAAUAUGUUCAGCAUCAUAAAAGAGAAGCGUUCUCAAGAGACGGCAGUCCCAUCAAGGCCCUCGAGCUCGGCGACUUUGACUCGCUCGCAGACUUCUACGUGCCCUCAUACGCGGACUUUGAAAAGGCGUUUAAAGACCCGGAGUAUUUUGAGAAAAUCAAGCCGGAUGAGGAGAAAAUUCUGGAUAUGGAGUCGGUUGUGAUUGUGGUGGGGGUGAAUCAUGAGGUUAUCUGAGUUUAUACUGUUUGAAUGUUAUCGUAGAUGGCAGAGAGAAGUUGCAUAAUAAAAUACAUUCCGUUCUAACUCAACUUUCAAUGCUUUUUCAUUCAAUCGGUAGAUUUUCG